AAGUAUAUCUGUCACCUGCAAUUUAAUAGUUUUCCCAAUCCCAGUAAUUCGUUUACAAUUGCCAAAUAACUAGUUGGAGAAAUAAUUUCCUUCAAUUAUUAGGAUUUUAAAAAAUUAAAGUUGGCACUAGUACCGGUCGAAGUCGACACGUGCGUUGUGCCAUUUUAUCACAAAAUCCAUCAGUUUACCCGCUAAAAGGUGUGAAAAUUAGUUACAGGAAGUGUCAGUUGACUGCUGUCACUUCAGGUUACCCGUGGGCAUCUUUUUUUACAGCACGAAGUGAUAAGAGAUCCUAUCAAGAUAAAAAGAAUGUAACCCAAGGGGGUUAUUUCACGGUUCACAACACCCAGAUUCCGAUUCGGAUGUGGUCAGAGUUCUUGGAUGUGAUUGUGAAAAGACAGCUGGUCUUAUGUGCACAUUCAGACCUUGAUACGGGGCUAAACCAGGAAGUGUGAAAUAUUCAUAGCUAUCACAUCUGGUCCAGUUGCGGUCCAGAUUCAUUGCGGUUGUUUCAGUAACGUAAGGAUUUUUAUGGACUUCUCUUCGUCUGGUUGAUCGUACUUUGGUUACUAUAAGAAAUUGUAUCUUUUCAACUUAAGCUUGGUGUACAGACGGAAAUUAAUGCAUUAAAAAAACGACCAAAAAUUCGCCUAAUUUUAAAAUAUGUAAACAUCUAGUUUGCGGUUGGAAAUUUUAUUCGGUGAGACAGGAGCUAGGUACUACAAAAGGAGUCGUCCAUUAUUUAAUUAAAAUUCACUUACGUUGUACCUACAUUUUAAAGUUGAUCUACACGUAUCGAUAUAUGAAUAGUUUUCUAGGUAGCGAGCUACAUUGUAUUCGUUUGAAUGAUGUGAAAUAUUCUGUCUCUAUAUUAGUCUAAAAGAGAAUCACAUGUUGCUUAUAAAAGUGGUAGUACAAAUGCGUGCUAGCCUACAUUUUGAUGUCGAACUGUCACAUUUUCUAGCGGCGACAGAAUACCGUUUUCUCUAACUACUUCAGCUAGCACCGUUAGCCAUCGAAUGGCAGGCAAGUGCUUCCGAGCCGAGGAUUUCCUGUGUUUAGCGCGGAAGGAUCGCGGUAGUGUGGGUAGUAGGUUCUGUGUUUGGCCGAAUUUAAGGUGAUUUCCUGUGGCAGCGGAGUGAUCUCAAUUGUGCCCCUCUAUGCAUUUCAAUGUAACUCAAUGUGAAUCUGAAGCUCUGGAAGAACAUGGCGACUUCACUGCAUGAGGGACCCGCUAACCAGCUCGAUCUGCUCAUUAGAGCAGUGGAGGCGUCGGUCCAUGGCAGUAAUGUCCACUGCUCAGAUAAGACCAUCGAGGCGGCGGAGGCCCUUCUGCACAUGGACUCUCCCAGCAGCCUCAGGGGCGACCGCAGCCCAGUGGAGGUGUUCGUGCCGCCCUGCGUCACCACGCCCGAGUUCAUCCACGCGGCCAUGCGGCCGGACGUGAUGACGGAGACGGUGGUGGAGGUGUCCACCGAGGAGAGCGAGCCCAUGGAGGUGUGCGCCGUCCUGGAGGCCCCGGAGAGCGAGCCGGUCCGCAAGAAGAAAGUGGGGAGGAAGCCAAAGACGCAUCAGUCAGCAGUGUCCAACGGCUCUCCUGAUCUGGGCAUGAAGAAGAAACCCAGAGAAGGGAAGGGUAACACCACGUACCUGUGGGAGUUCCUGCUGGACCUCCUCCAGGACAAGAACACCUGCCCCAGGUACAUAAAGUGGACGCAGAGGGAGAAGGGCAUCUUCAAGCUGGUGGACUCCAAGGCUGUUUCCAAGCUGUGGGGGAAGCACAAAAACAAGCCAGACAUGAACUACGAGACCAUGGGGCGGGCGCUGAGGUACUAUUACCAGAGGGGCAUCCUGGCCAAGGUGGAGGGCCAGCGCCUGGUGUACCAGUUCAAGGAGAUGCCCAAGAACAUCGUGGUGAUUGACGAGGAGAAGGCGGAGCCGGGGGCGGAGGAGCUCCUGAGCGCGGCGAAGUCGUACGAGCGUGUGCCGCCAUCCUCCGACAGCCUGCUGGCCAAGGGGCCGGGCAUCCUGCGGGGGGGCGGCCGAGGCUCCGCCCACUCCCCCGCCAAGGGCAAGGCCUCGCAGCAGCCCCCCGCCGUCGCCCGCGUGGUGACGGUCUCCGGGGUGACGGACGGCGUCGCCGGGCAGCAGCAGAGCCACACCGCCAUCAUCCCCACGGCAACCGGGCCCAGGACGGUGCGGGUGGCCAUGCAGGUGCCCGUCGUCAUGACGACGUCGCUGGGCCAGAAGAUCUCCACGAUGGCGGUGCACUCGGGAAGCCCCGCCCUCCUGACCAGCAGCGGCCCCAUGGGCGGGGGCGGGGCCCCCAAGGUGCUGAUCCAGACCAUCCCCACGAUGAUGCCCGCCACCGCAGAGAACGGAGACAAGAUCACCGUGCAGCUGGCCAAGAUCAUCACCAUCCCCGCCGCCCAGCUGGCGCAGUGCCAGCUGCAGGCCAAGGCGGGCACCGCGGGCACCGCCACGCCCGGCCUCAGCCUGGUGGGGACGCCGCUGUCCGUUUCCAUGGCGCCGGGGACGCAGGUGGUGAGACUGGCGUUGCCGGCGCAGCAGUCGCAGCCGGGGGGGCGGGCCCUGGUCCGGUUGGUCGCUCCCGUUGCCACGGUGCCCACGGUGGAGCAGGACUCAAAGAGCCCCCAGACCCCCAGAGCAGACCCCCCCGCCGUCGUCACGGUGAAAGUGGAGUCCCGGGACUGCUGAGGGCGGGGCCGCCUGGGGGGUGGGGGGGGGGGUGGGGUCAGCGGCUGGAUGGCGGAAGGGACGCUUUUCUUACGUCUUCCCGCUUGGGAGACCGCAGUGACCUCCCCACCCUGAGGGGGCGCUCUCUCUCAAAAAAAAAAAAAAAGUACGCUAUCACAAACCGAGCCCCCCCCCUCGCGCCCGGUACGGUCCGAGCCACGGCACAGAUGCCCCGAGGCUGACAGGGGGGCCCCCCCGCCUCUCACCGCCCGUCCCACGCUGCCCCGCGGGGUAGGGAGGGGGGGUCGGGGGACGGGGCGCAGGAGUCCAACCCACAGAGGAAACAGAGCAGCUUGGGGACCAAGACAAAUCACUACAGUUUCACACACGUGCUGAAAACACAGCAAACACUAAACUCACUUACUGAAACCAAACUGAUCUCGGGUGGGCGGGCGGGCGGGCGGGCGGGCGGGCGGGCGGGAGGGGGGUGCGUGAAUUAAGGUUUGUAACACUUUGUAUAAAAAGAUUUUCACAUUUUCAGAGCAAACCAGCAAAUUGAUAGACUAUCACUGUGCGCACAUAGUAUCCCGGUUCUCGGUGCUAGUGUGGGGAGCUGCGUGGAACCUUCCGGAAGGACGGAGCGGUCUCCGGACCGCUCCCGCAAGGGUAGGCAAAGGGACUUUGUAUGUAUAAAGAUUAUACAGUUUAUGAAAUUUCAAAAACAAUGAAAUCAGCCUUAGAUUAAUCUUUUUUUUUUUUUUUAAGAAUAUGCUUAUUAGCUUUUUGUGUAAAGCUCUUUUUGAUACCUUGUACCAAGCACAGUGUUAUAAAGACUAAGGCGACUUGUUUUUUGUAUUAUAGUUUGGAGUUCUCGUCAGGAGUCUCAGCAAAGCUUUAGCUGUGACUCGCCCCACUUCGUCUGUAGACAUUUCUGUUUGACCCAGCGGUCAGGACAUUUCUGUUUGACCCAGCAGUUUGACCCAGCAGUUGGGACAUUUCUGUUUGACCCAGCAGUUUGACCCAGCAGUCGGGACAUUUCUGUUUGACCCAGCAGUUGGGACAUUUCUGUUUGACCCAGCAGUUUGACCCAGCAGUUGGGACAUUUCUGUUUGACCCAGCAGUUUGACCCAGCAGUCGGGCUUUCUCAAGCCUCACUCGGCAUGGAUUCUAGCAGCUAUUGUAGCUCUUCACUUUCAUAUUUUCCUUAUUUUAUUUUUUUAGUUGAGGGAGAGAGAGGGAGAGACAAUGACUUUUGUGUUCGGACUGAACUAGUUUGUAUAUUCAACAUUUGAAGUAUAUUCUAUUUUGUUGUACUCUUGGUUCAAAGUGUAUUCGAGUAGAUUUUACUGAAAUAUAAAAAGACCUAAAACA